AUGUCCUCAACCACCUAUCGAGGACCUAUCAAUCCCAAUCCCAAAAACGAUGAAGCGUCAAUUAUAAUCUACGGCUAUACACCUUCCCUGGCACUGGGUAUAAUAGGUAUAAUAACAUUUACGAUUUGCGUAUCGUUACAUUCUUUUUGGCUGGCUAGGAAGAGAGGAACAAGAUGGUUUCAUAGUUUGAUAUUGGUUGGUGCGCUCAUGGAGAUUGGCGGAUACGCAGCGAGAUUAUCGAGUCACAAAAGACCUUUUGUAGUUAGCAGUUUCGUGGCUCAGUAUUUUCUCAUCGUGGUGGCACCAGUCCUGUUCUCAGCUGCCAUCUAUUUAUCUUUAUCGAUAGCUACUAGGAGUUAUAAAGGUGCAGAGAGGUUGUUGAUCAUCUCACCUAGGAAAGUAUUGAUCUUCUUCGUAACGGCUGAUAUAGUGACCACCGUCAUACAAGUGGUUGGAGCCGCUCUGAUCGGGUCGUCAGAAUCUGCAAAAGUACGAGGUAAUCCAUCGAGCGUGACGCCAGAACAGGCCAAUGAUAUUUUAUUGGCAGGAUUGGCCAUUCAGUGCUUCUCAUUCACCUCUUUCCUUCUCCUUCUCCUCCUGACAAUCUAUCGAUCACAUCAACCUACCUAUACCCAUCACCUGACCAGUAUCACCUCACUCAACAAAUUACGUUCGUUUUUGUAUACCAUCUUACUUACCUCGCUCUUGAUCUUACUACGAACGACCUUCAGAUUAGCCGAGACUGGACAGGGGUUCUUCGGAUUCGCUUCCACCCAUGAGAGCUUAUUUGGAACUUUGGAGUAUCUACCUGUCGUAUUGACUUUGUUGAUUUGGGGGAUAUUACCUAUUAGUAAGUUUGUGGAUCUGGGUCAAUCAAGGGAAAGAGAACGGUUGGAUUCGGCAAUUGGAGAACCACAGACAAGUCAGAUUGGUAGGAAUAGGAACAUUGUUUAA